CAUUAGGAACUAAUUAACUUUCCUCACUUAACUAUCAUUUCAAUAAUUCCAUUACCAUAAUUUAUAGCUUCUCUCUUAUAUAAACACACAAACCACACAUAUUUGAUAUUCCAUUCCAUUUCUCAAUUCAUUGGGGGACGAUUACAAUUUGCAGCUCUCAUCACAACAUGAAUCUCCAUCAUCAUCGUCAGCGAUUUCCCCGGAUUCUAUUCCUAUCCAUAACAUUAACAACCCUCUGCUCGCUCCAAUUCCCGAUCCCCACGGCGGCCGGAAAAGACAGAGUACCGACGCCGCCGCUGCCGGUUCUCCCGCUCCCCUCCUUCUCGCAGCUGAAAUGGCAGCAGAGGGAGCUGAUAAUGUUCCUCCACUUCGGCGUCAACACCUUCACCGACUCCGAGUGGGGCACCGGCCACGAAUCCCCUUCCAUCUUCGACCCCGCCGGGCUCAACGCCGCGCAGUGGGUCAGCACCGCCGCCGCCGCCGGCGUCUCCCUCGUGAUUCUGACGGCGAAGCACCACGACGGGUUCUGCCUCUGGCCGUCGAAGUACACCGACCACUCCGUCGCGUCGAGCCCCUGGAAGGGAGGGCGCGGGGAUGUGAUUCGCGAGCUCGCCGGCGCCGCCGAGGCCCACGGCGGCGUCGACGUCGGGCUUUACCUCUCGCCGUGGGACCGCCACGAUCGGCGGUACGGCAAGAAUUUGGAGUACAAUGAGUAUUACAUGGCGCAAUUGCAGGAGCUUCUUACCAAGUACGGCGACGUGAGGGAGAUAUGGUUCGACGGAGCAAAAGGCUCGAACGCGCCGAACAUGUCGUACGACUUCGCCGACUGGUUCGCGAUGGUGAAGGAGCUGCAGAGCUCCAUCAAUUUGUUCUCCGACGCCGGCCCCGACGUCAGGUGGGUCGGAAACGAGAAAGGGUUCGCCGGAACCACCAGCUGGUCCACCAUCAAUCGGACGGCGCUGUCCAUCGGAAACGAUAGCAUUGUUGACUACCUAAACACAGGAGACCCAAGAGGAACGGACUGGCUGCCGGCAGAAUGCGACGUCUCCAUUCGAACGGGCUGGUUCUGGCACAAGUCACAAUCCCCCAAGAAGCUCAGCGACCUGCUCGAAAUCUACUACAACUCCGUCGGCCGGAACUGCCUCCUGCUCCUCAACGUGCCCCCGAACACCACGGGGCUCAUCUCCGACUCCGACGUCAGAAGACUACGAGAGCUCAGAACCGCAAUCGACACCAUCUUCACCACCAACUUGGCUGCAGAGUGCCCUGCGAAAGCUAGCAGCAUAAGGGGAGGGAAAGGGGGCGGGUUUGGGCCGGAAAAUGUGUUGGACAAGGACCAUUUGUGGACGUAUUGGGCCCCCAGUGAUAGGGAAUUGGGUCAUGGGCAUUACUGGAUCGAGAUCACCUGUGGUGGGCCGGUGAAGUUUAACGUGGUUCGGGUCCAGGAGGCGAUCGGUUUGGGGCAGAGGAUAAAACGACAUGAGAUUUAUGUGGACGGAGACAAGAUUGCGAAUGGAACGACGGUCGGGUACAAGAGGCUUCACAGGCUGGAGAAGGGCGUGGUUGGCGGGCGGCGCGUGAGGGUUAAGGUGUUGGAAUCUAGGGGCGUGCCUUUGGUGUCUUCUUUUGGCCUCCACUAUGACCCUUAUUGGCAUUCCAAGUGGCAAUGACUUUGGUUACAUGUGGAGAAUAAAGAGGAAGAACAAGUUAAGGGUUUCUUUUUUGUGUUUCUCUUCCCCCUUUGUGUUGUUUUAGGUUGGAAUUUGUUGAAGGGUUUAUUUUUAUGGAUAUGAUUGGAUAUGUUUAAGAGGUCACUUGCAAGGUGUAAAUAGGUUUGAUUAAUGAUGGCCUAAUGUGGUUCUGAAUUGUGGAAUUGGUGGAUGAUUAUAAUUAAAUACAUCGGAUGAAUAAUAUUAAUUAUUACA